AUGGAGCUGCUUGAACUACCGACCCUCAUUCUAAAAGUAUCUAAUCUGGAGUGCGAGAACAGACUGGACAAGGUCUACGGGAUUCUUUCCAUGGUACGAUGGAACGACAAUGAGAAGCCUAUUCGGACGGAUUACACCAAAGAUCGAUUUGAUUUGGCGCUAGAGACUCUUGAAGUAAUUGCGAGGCGACGUGUUCCGAAUCUCAUAUCAUACGGCGAAAGAGUAGCGAGAAACUUAGAUCUACUUGAAGACCCGUCACCCAAGCUAAAAGAAGCUAUCCAAAAGCGAGGAGUCCCGCCAGUUAUGCCGGAGGCGAGCGACUUCGCGGAAACCCGAGAGCUCACAGACACUGGGUUCAAUCCCAACUCAAGAUCUCGGAUUGUUUUUGAAGGGUGUCGACUUACGAAGAACGGGAAGGGCGAAUGGGGGUUUCAGGCGACCAACGACAGAGGUAAUGCCGAGGAAACCACUGGGCCGUAUCACUCCAAGCGGCCUCACCAGUGGCCGGUCUCUGUGACAACCAUGGAUCUGUUAGGAGACGCACCUAUUCUGAUUCCAAAGCGUGCCCAAGACGGAGAUUGGUGUCUGUACAUGAAGUGGAGUAGGAUCGAGGCGGACACCCUGAUACUCAUCGCAAGAGAGCACGUAGAUAAACGCCAUUUGUGGAUUGUUGGCAAAGGCUGGGGCGAGCGACCAGUUACGUUGGGGCAGGAAAACGGCGAGUCGCGCAAUUUCCACGUGUAUUUGGGCGCAGAAGAUGCCAUGGUCAUUUCGAUCCAGUGCCCGAUGCAUUCAUGGCCGUCCACUACGCUUCGCGGAAUCCAGAAUUUCAUCGAGAGUGGUGUCUGCGGCAGCCCUGGGUCCUCUUAUGCAGAGCUAGAUUGGUCAUGA